AUGCAAUACAAGAGCAAAAAAACACCACUAUCGGAAUACUCGACGCAAAUGAACAACAUACCCGUUCUUGGACUCCCAAAAUGCCGCAGGUGUUUAAACAUAGCAGUCAUUGGUGCCGGUGUGUCAGGUUUGACAGCUGCUGUUGAACUAGCACGUUCUGGUCAUCGAGUGACCAUCUACGAGGGAAGUUCUCGAGUUGGUGGGCGGAUUUUCACUUUUCGACAACAAGGUACAAACUACGUCACGGAAUUAGGUGCAAUGCGUUUACCACUGGAUGCACAUCCACUAUUGAAAGACUACAUUGAAAAACGGUACUAUCUUCCAUAUAAAGAAUUUAUAAAUUCAGAUGACGAUGCUAUGGUAUAUAUAAACAACGUCCAUUUAACUGUUCGAGAAGCCAAUAGAAAUCCAGCUGCAUUAGGUUUUAAUGUGACCGAAGAUGAACGUGGAAAAACUGCUGACGAAUUGUGGAAUAGAGCGACUAAUCCACUAUUGGAGAUUAUACAUACUUCAGGUUAUGAUACUUUUAUUCGAGAUUACGGCUCAUAUACUAUUGAUCAAUAUCUUACUUCAGUGAAUAUGUCUCGCGGUGCUAUCGAUUACGUUGCCUUAAUGUUCAAUAUUGAGACAAAUUUAUACACGUCAUUAACGGAAGCCAUAGCUGAUAUGCAAAUUAUUUCAGAUAAUACGAAAUUUUAUUAUAUUGAAGGUGGUAACGAUCGAUUAACUGAAGAAUUGAAGAAUGAAUGUAUAAAUAUUACUGUGCAGCGUUGCUAA